AUGGUCGCCGAGACCAAUCCUUUUCCAAUCGGCACACCCGAACAGAGUCGGAGAGGCUUUGCAUUCUGGAUGGUGUUCGUCGGAAACCUCGUCGUCGAUCUCCUCUCUGCACUUGAUCUGACGGCUGUAUCCACCGCUCUUCCAACAAUCGUUGAGCACUUGCACGGCACGGACUUCAUCUGGGCAGGGAGCGCGUAUACGAUCGCGUCUACUGCUAUCCUCCCUACCGUCGGUGGCCUCGUGUCGGUGUUUGGGAGGAAGCCGGUGCUCCUCACGUUCGUCGUCAUAUUUGCUGUGGGCUCGGCCUUGUGCGGGGGUGCACGCAGCAUGAACAUGUUCAUCGCGGGUAGAGUUGUCCAAGGACUCGGCGGCGGAGGCUGCAUCUCCGUCACGGAGAUUAUAUACGCAGAUUUGGUACCCCUACCAGAACGAGGCAAAUUCCUCGGGAUCACUGCAUCGGUUUGGGCGCUGGCUUGCGCAAUAGGUCCGCCCAUAGGAGGGGCCUUGGCAAAUUCUGGCGCGUGGCGCUGGCUCUUCUUCCUCAACCUACCCCUCUGUGGCAUCGCCCUCGCCCUCGUUACCGCCUUUCUAAAUGUGCACAUCCCCAAGGCCAGCUUCAUGGACAAGAUUUCCGGCAUGGACUGGCUAGGACUCUUCAUCAUCAUCUCCAGCACGAUGUCGAUCAUGAUAGCUUUGACGUGGGCGGGUAUACGUUAUACCUGGGUAUCCGUACACGUCCUAGUACCCCUGUGUCUCGGUGCUGUUGGCCUCAUCGUUUUCUUCGUCCUCGAUGUCUUCUGGAUUCGUGAUCCCACCAUUCCACCGUUCGUCUUAAAUAACAGAACAACCCUCAGCGGAUAUCUAGGCACUUUCUUUCACGGGAUUGCGUCCAUGGCCGUCAUAUUCUACCUCCCUGUAUACUUCCAAGCAUCGAAGGCGGAUUCACCCGUACAAUCAGGCGUCGAACUGUUCGGUCUUGCCUUCGUCAUAUCGCCCGUAGCGAUCUUCACGGGGGCGUCCGUGCAAAUAUUCCACCGUUAUAGGCCCCAGAACUACGUCGGGUGGAUGCUGACUAUGGUCGGCUUUGGUCUCCUAUCGACCCUGGAGGUCGACAGCUCGAAGGGCAAGUAUAUCGGAUAUCAAGUUAUAACAGGAAUUGGGCUUGGGAUCAUAUGGAUUGGGACACAGUUCCCAAUCCUGGCGCCCCUGCCCUUCUCCAACAACGCACACGCGCUCGCGUUCUUCACGUUCAUUCGGUGUUUUGCUCAGGUUUGGGGCACCGUGAUCGGAGGGGCAAUACUACAAAACGUGUUGAGGGAACGUCUACCGGCGACCUUCGUGUCCACUCUGCCCAGCGGCACCCAGCUUGCCUAUUCCAUCAUACCCGAGAUCCGCUACCUGCCGUUGUCAUUGAAGGCAGAGGUACAAGCCGCCUUCGCGCAGAGUACGGCUAUCAUAUGGCGCGUCAUGAUUGGUGUCUCUGGACUUGGUCUACUAUCGUGCCUGCUUAUGCGGGAGAUCGCGAUGCGAACAUCGAUGGACGAGCAGUGGGGGCUGCAGGAGCACAAGGGAAGGGACGAUGAGCCUGAGAAGGCUGAGAUAGCUUAG